AUGGAGGUCAGUGUCUCCGUGUCGCUCUUUGAAGACGAGCUCGCCUCUGCCGUCGAGCUCGCAGUGAAAGCGGCUGUGGACUCCGUCUUGUGUGCGGUUACUAAAGCUGUCGGCAGCAAAUUCACUGAAUUCCGAGUGGAAAUGACUGGAAAGGAGAAAGAGAUUGAAAGUCUGAAGCGGAGAUUGGAAAUAUCAGAGAGCGAGCUGAGAGCCGUGCGAGGGUGUGGAAACACUGCAGAUACAGACAUCAAACACGCUUUCAUAUUUCAGGAUCCCAAAGAGAGCCACGCUAUCCCUGAAUCCGAAGCACAGGAGGGGCCAAAGAUAGAAGCAGUUUACACACAAGAGGAGUCCUUUGAGCGGGAGUGCUGUGCAAGUCUAAUGCAGGUUACAGAGCUGACAUUUGUUAAAGAUGAAGAAGUCCCUCAACAGGAAUGUGUUCCUAUCAAAGAGGAGUUCAUAGAGCAGGAAUGUGUCCCCAUCACAGAGGAACCUCUUCAUGAAAAUAAUGUCCAUACACUUGAGAAGAACAACAAUCUGGGAUCCAGCCUGUGUGAUGAUUCUCCAUCUGAAUGUGAACUGGGAUUUAGAGCUUCUAAAGUAGAUGAAGGAGAACACGACUCCACUCCAUCACCCCAGUGCAAAAACGCUUCUAGCGGCAAACCACAGUGCAAGAAGCACAGAGAAACAUCACCCCAAGAAGAGUAUGUGAAGACAUUGAGGACUCACUCAGUUAAAAUCCCUUCUUUACAAGACAGACCCCCUCUUACUGUGGAGAGUAGAGAGACGCCACAUUCUGCAUGUUUUAACAGUUUUGAAACCCAGAGCAACUUGAAGACCUUGCCUCAUUCUAUUACAGGUGGGAAGAGUUCCUGUCAAUUGGACGUUCCUGAAACUCACAAGGGAAAUCACGCAGGAGGGACUACAUUUUCCUGGGUUGAUUGUGGGAAGAGUUUCAAUCAUAUAUCACUGCUUAAAAGACACCAGCGCAUUUACACAGGAGAGAAACCUUCCCACGUACCUUCCAGUGAUAAGAGUUUCACACAGUUAGGGAAUCUUCAUUCACAACAGCAAAUUCACAUGGGAGAGAAACCUUAUCACUGCCCUGAGUGUGGGAAGAGAUUCGGUCACUUAGGAAACCUUAAAGUCCACCAGCGCAUUCACACAGGAGAGAAACCUUAUCACUGUGCUGUUUGUGGGAAGAGAUUCAGUAACUUAGGAUCCCUUAAAAGGCACCAACGCAUUCACACGGGAGAGAAACCUUAUCACUGUGAUGUUUGCGGGAAGAGAUUCAGCCAGUUCGGACACCUUAAAAGACACCAUAAAAUUCACACAGGUGUGUAAUCCUAUCCCUGCUCUUUUUGUGAACAAAAGUUAAGUCAGUUGCUGGCUCUUGCAGGACUUGAGAACAUUCUCAGAAUUGCAGACGCUUGAGCACACCUAAACAACAGUAAUAUUUACUGAAAACAAAAGAAUAAGCUUGCUUGAUAAAUAAGGUCACCCCUAAUCAGAAUUUGUUCAGAGCAAAAACUGUUGGACCAGAAAUAUGAACGACUACAUUUUGUUUCGACCAUUCAUCAUCAUCAUCUUGUUGAGCUUUCUGAUUGUGUUACAUCACAUUAGUAAUAUAUUAAAUAGAUUGUAUUAUGAAUGCAAGUUUCUCUUUUUCUCAUGCAUUGCUCAGCGUCUUGGAGUGUGUUGCGUGGAAUCUUCCCCGAUGCCAUGGUGACUCAGCGGCACCUCAAGACCAGGGGUCGGUACCACCAAGUUAACACUUAACAAAAUUACUGGACUCAGUGACGGACAUGGGGGGUGUAAAGCAAACAGCAGAGCACAGUCCGAUUUAAAGCACAUUCUCCCAUAUAUAUAUAUAGAGGAGCUAAGCACACGAAUAUCAAUGAAGAGCAGCACAACUGUAUAUAGAUAGCUACGGUAGUUAUCUAGGCAUAAUAAUAAAUUCAACUCGCUUAGUGUUUUUGAAUGUACCUUGCUGCCCCAGCUACAUCAAAGUCCUUUGUGAUGUUGUUGCAUUGCAAUAGGCAGACAUGCAUCAACACGACAGUUCUCAAGGCGAUUCCUUGUGGAUGUUUUAAUUGAGUUCAUGUGGCUGAAGCCUCGUUCGCAGCAACGGGUGUCAGGGCUCAGUGUCAGUAAAAGAAGUGACAGCCUUGGUAGUUCACUCUAUUCAUCCUCACUACUUGACUUAAACAAAAUACACCAUCAUUUGGAAACGUCACUGCCACAGCAGUCUGAGUUGAAAAGUGUCUUCACAGCCUCAUCCUCGCAGUACAAUGUAUACUGCAUUUCAACUUCGCUGGAGUUAAUGUGCUUUAUAAAUCUUGCAGCAAGUUUUGAAUUUCUAAGACUGGUGGCUUUUGGCUGCAGGGGUCCAAACCCAAUUCAAGAAACUUUGAUAUAGAAUGAAUUUAACAGAUUGUAGCAUGUCAUGGAUAUUCUGGCAACUUGUUCUAUAACUCGGUGACCCAUUCCCAAAUGCCUCUCUCUCUCAAAGUAUUGCACUAGAGAAUCCCACAGUAACUCAAACCUCUCAAUGCAGGCAGCCAAACUUAACCAGCGAAUUUUUUUUGUAGUUAACCAGGUUUGAGUAUUCAUCUUCAUUCAACUCACAGAUCUGUCUACAUUCCUUUUUUCUUGCAGCCCCACUGAAAUGUUUCAGUGUCACUUUGAUCCACAAAGUCAGGUAUGACUGAUUCAGCGUCUUUAGCCAUUAAGACUUGGCGAUGAGUCAUACAGUGCCGGACAAAUAAAUCGCCAUAGCGAUCUUUCAAUCGACUUGAAACACUUUCACGUUGGGCUAGCAUUACAGAUACCCCGUCCGAUGUAAAUCCCACAAUUUUCUCUACAGGGUACUUGUUUCGGUCAUUUUCCAAACAACCAAUGAUGGCUUCACUCAGAUUUUGUGCAUUACGACGCUCGGUUAUUUCAAUUAAGCUCAAAAACUCAGAGUGAAUUUCACCUGCAUCAACAUUCACAAAACGAUGAUAAUUUAUUAUGACUCUUGUCACUGUGGUCAGCGCUCUCGUCGCACAUUAAGUUUACAAACGGUGCAUCUACUGCUUCUUGAACAAUUUCACUGUAAAGAUAGCCACCUAAAUCCUCGGUGUUUCUUGACACAGUUUUUGCACCGCAAUGCAUUCUUUGAAAAGGAGCAGAGUUUGGGUCAAAGUCAGUCGUUGACUUUACCUGGCUUCCUCUGUUGGCUUUGGCCUCCUUGAUGAAUCUAUCCUUCUCUACACUCGACAUGUUUGAAGUCUUAGAUAUUUUUUUGCACCAUUUUUCAGCAUGGUCGUGAGCUACUGUUGACUUGAGUUGCUUCAUUACUUGGUCACAUCUUGUGCACGCCAUAAAAUAAUCUGUGGGUCUUUCAAAAAUGAAAUAUUCUCUUUCCCAAGCUGGGUUGAACGAUCUUUUUUUUUUUAAUUUUGACGCCAUGUUUUUUUCAAUGUUAAGAAAAAGAAAACAGUGCACAACAUGAUCGUAACUAACGCUUAACCGGAUUGUGUAACAAGGCUUCAGUAGGUGGUUCAGUGUCAUCAAGAUUCUGCAGUAACCAUAGUUAUGGUAGAACCUUGUCAUUGUCAGUUUACGGGGAGAAGCAGAGGCCAAAUCUAGCCUGUUUGCAAUGCAGUUGCAAUAUGUACAUAGAUAAAUCAUGUCUUUUUUUUCAACAGAGAUUGUAAAUCAUACUUUUUUUAAAAUAAAUUACCAAGGACCUCAAACUUUUUACCAUGGACACCUUGCCGAUCCCUGCUCAAGACACAGCACAGUAUACCUCAGUUAUCAUACAGGCAGCUUGAAGUGUAAAACCAAUGCUAUGGUGCACCAGAGAGUUUUUAGCACUCCAAAGGGCUGCAUACCAUUGCUUUCACAAGAUGAUUUCUGCUAAUGAUGUGUUUAAUACUCCCCUCUCUCUCUUGGGUUCUCUAUUAACAAAUAUAGGCUUCUGUGUUUUUAAUAUCAAUUUUUUGAUUGACAACGAGACUACUAAAGCAGAAAAAAAAUGUUUUCCUGUCUAUAUUAAAUCGUAGUACAAGUAUGCUGCCGCCUUUCAAAAAUGUGAUUAAUGACUUCCUAUGACCUUAUGAACGGUGUAUGAACCUGAAUAUGAUUAUGCUUACAGGGGGGUUUCUGAAUAACAUCAUGAAUAGGUUCUCAUCUAUAUCUGUCUAGAGACA